UAGGAAAAUCGUUCAGUUUGUGGCAUGCAGUUUUGAUGUACGGUCACUGUUUGAUAGUGGGUUGUUUUGCUACUAUAUUUUGUAGAAUUUUCCAUAUUUUUGCGUACAAAUACUGCCGGUAGCUGCUUUAAAUUCAAAGUGUGUUUAUAGAAAAACGAUACUGUCCGCAGUCGGUAUCGUACAUGCGUAUUCUUUUGUGUUGAAGAAAACGCAAAUAAUUUGUCUUCCACGUGCUUUCAUUUUUCAAUAGUUCGAAGUUGAGUGUUUGGAGAUAAUCUACGUGGUUUGGGCGCUCAAGUUGUUCAGCAGAAGAAAUCCUAUUUCUAAUUCUUAUUUUAAUUUCAAUUGAUAAACACAUUAUGACAACAGCAAACGGAGUUAACUUGCAGGAUGGACUAUCCUGUGAAGACUUGUUUCGUAAUGGUGAAGGAUUGACCUACAACGACAUUAUUAUAUUACCGGGUUAUAUUGAUUUUGUUGCGGACGAUGUGGAUCUGACUUCGCCUCUGACCAAAAAAAUCGCGUUGAAAGCACCACUAGUUUCAUCUCCAAUGGACACGGUUACUGAAGCGGAUAUGGCUAUAGCUAUGGCGCUUUGUGGUGGUAUUGGAAUUAUUCAUCACAAUUGUACUCCGGAAUUUCAAGCCAAUGAAGUGCAUAAAGUAAAAAAGUACAAACAUGGAUUUAUUCGCGACCCAGUAGUAAUGAGUCCAGAAAACACUGUUGCUGAUGUGCUAGAAGCAAAGAAAAAUAACGGGUUCACUGGUUAUCCUAUAACAGAGCACGGCCGCCUUGGGGAACGUUUAAUCGGUAUAGUUACCUCUAGGGACAUCGAUUUUCGUGAGGAAGACGUCAAUUUGAAACUUCGGGAUAUUAUGACUAAAAUAGAUGAAAUGGUAACUGCUCCUAGUGGAGUUACACUGCAAGAAGCAAAUCACAUACUCGAGAAAAGUAAAAAGGGUAAAUUGCCUAUUGUGAAUAAAAAUGGUGAAUUGGUCGCAUUAAUCGCGAGAACUGAUCUAAAAAAGGCGCGAAGCUAUCCAAAUGCAUCUAAAGAUAGCAAUAAACAGUUGCUAGUUGGAGCUGCUAUUUCUACAAGAGAGGACGACAAAGAACGUUUAGAAUUGCUGGUGCAGAAUGGAGUUGAUGUGGUGGUUUUAGAUUCUUCACAGGGAAAUUCGAUCUAUCAAAUUAAUAUGAUCAAGUACAUCAAACAGAAGUAUCCAGAACUGCAGGUUAUUGCUGGUAAUGUUGUGACCCGUCAGCAGGCGAUGAACCUAAUCGAAGCCGGAUGCGAUGCAUUGAGGGUUGGAAUGGGAUCCGGUUCUAUCUGCAUUACACAAGAAGUAAUGGCAUGCGGAUGUCCCCAAGCGACUGCGGUCUAUCAGGUUAGUAAGUUGGCUCGACAGUAUGACGUCCCAGUAAUAGCUGAUGGCGGUAUUCAAUCAAUCGGACACAUCAUGAAAGCGCUAGCAUUGGGCGCGUCUAGCGUGAUGAUGGGAUCAUUGCUAGCCGGUACUUCGGAAGCUCCAGGAGAGUACUACUUUAGUGAUGGUGUUCGAUUGAAAAAAUACCGAGGAAUGGGUAGUCUGGAGGCCAUGGAACGUAAAGAUGCUAAAAAUGCUGCCGGUUCACGAUACUAUCAUACCGAUAUGGACAAAUUGCGCGUUGCCCAGGGUGUCAGUGGAAGUAUUGUCGACAAAGGCUCUGUACUAAGGUUUUUGCCAUACCUACAGUGUGGAUUACAACACAGUUGCCAGGAUAUUGGUACGAAGUCGAUUUCUAAUUUAAGGAAAAUGAUAUACAACAAUGAACUACGAUUUUCGAGACGCACUCAUUCGGCACAAGUUGAGGGCAAUGUGCACGGAUUAUUUUCUUAUGAAAAAAGACUGUUCUGAGAUCUUGGAGAGGUACCGCAUUGGACAAAUUAUGAUUCAUGUAUUAGAAACGGUAGUCCUCUAUAAAAACUCACCGAUAUGCUUAUUCUGUUACUUAUUCGUGGUAGUACGUUAGGAUAAAAAAAUCAAUAGUUUACGCGAAAUCACAUGCCAAGUAAGUGUCAAAGUGUGUAGCUUCAAUCAGAACAAAAUCAAAUUUAUAACAAAAAUUAUAGACUCCUAAUUGUAAAUAAGUUAGUGAUUUAUGAUGCUGUUUUACAAAAUUCUUUGUCUACCAUUACCAUGCAUGAGAAUAUACUGAAUACUGAGGGUUCAUGCAUUUAAAAAAAAUCUGAACUGAAUCCAUGGAUGUUUGCAGGAAAUCAUGUGCACUGUAGAAGGCAUAAUUGUUGCCCAUCCUAUCAAAAUUUUUAUAGUAUUGGUACUUCUUCAACAGUAAGUUGUAUUUCAAUUUAACGCAUACGCAUAUUUGGUUCUGAAUUUUUAUGGAACUGUUCAUUUAUGAUUAUAUGAAAUAAAGAAUUCUAUGUCUACCAUCA